AUGUCCGUUCUUGGUGUAAUUAUUACCAACAACGGCGCAGACGCUGGAGGGUUCUAUGUUCGUGAUAUAACUUGGUGUUGGAUCAACGCCAACUACGAAGCCAUGCGCGUAUAUUUGCACUAUGCUUGGAUGAUCAUAUUGAUCAUCACAGGAACUGUUUCUUACAUUCUGGUCUUCGUUCACAUUCAUCGGAAGGAUAAGGCCUUUCGGGAAGCGAAAAAAGCCGCGGCUGUUGCGGACGAAGUAUCUUCCGAUCGCAUUCUCAGUCCCAUAGGCCUGCCUCCUAUAAUGACGCACAUGGACCAAAAGACCGAGGUACACAAACGCAUCCUCUUCUUGUUGUACCCUCUUGUCUUUGUCUUAUGUACAGGGCCGCUGGCUCUGGGUCGAAUCAUGAGUAGUGGCGGCGUUACACUCUCGCCGCAGUAUCUCAUCUUCGCUGGCGCCAUGAUCACCUCCAAAGGAUGGAUUGACGUACUCAUAUUCUCUACUACCCGAAGCGGCAUCCUCUUUGAUGCACCCGUCGACGAGCAAAACCUGGGACUCGACACAUUCAACCUUACCCCGCUGGGCCGGCAGUAUGGUCACAGAGUAUGGAUACGAGGUGGACGGCCGAGAGACUCGGAGCACCACGGCAGGCCACGUAAUUUUCGGAAACCGUCUUGCCGCCAAAAGCAUGGCUCUGAGAACAGCCAUGAUCGCAGCGAGAGCCAAACAUCAUUACACGAACAGGACGUGCUUGGCCUCAAAGGCAUUCAGAUGAAAACUGUCACACGAGUUUUCAUCGAAGAGGCCGUCACUCCAUCUGGUGAUAGGAGACACCAAACUCGCAAACUGACUACAGUGCCUUCAGAAGAGACUGUUGGCGAGCGCGUUCAACAGAGCAUUGACUCCUACAGGUGA